UGUUGACUAUGUCUUCCUGUAUGUUGUUGUAUUGCUGCUGUAUUGAACGUGAGUUUGUAAAAAGUUUGGGAAAUACACUCUAAAAUGUACAUGUACAAAGAAAAAAUUGAUUCCUUGGCUGAAAGUAACUGUGAAGAUAACUCUUUUCAAAAAUCGUGGAUCUGGUCACAAACCAUGAACUAUGUUGGACAGUUGCUGGUAACAGUCAAGGAAUUGUACAAGGGGUUGAAUCCUGCAACACUCUCUGGGUGCAUCGAUGUCAUCGUGGUUAAGCAGCAGGAUGGCACGUACCAGUGUUCACCAUUUCACGUUCGUUUUGGAAAGCUUGGGGUACUUCGGUCAAAAGAAAAUGUGAUUGACAUUGAGAUUAAUGGGGAUCCAGUUGAUCUGCACAUGAAGCUGGGUGAUAAUGGAGAAGCAUUCUUUGUGCAAGAGACGGAGAUAGAAAAUGAAGAAGUUCCUCCUCACUUGGCCACUUCUCCCAUCCAUACAGAAGAAGGGCAGUUCUUCAAGGAUAUUAACUUGGAAAAAUCUGGAGCCAAUCUAAUGGAGGAUCAGAAUUUGGAGAACGUUGUCCAGGAAGCAGACCCUGAGAGUGUGGUGUGCUUAGGCUUGGGGAAGAAAAAAAAGCGGCGUAAGAAAAAAUUUAAAUCAGAUGGCAAAAAGGAAGAUCGCACCUCGGGUGGAAGUGAAGAGAUAUUUGAAAUGGACAUGAGUUCUGACGAAGACAAACCAACACACUCUUUCAGGGGUCCAAUAUAUUCCUUGAAGGAUAAUGAGUUGAAAGAAUCUCCAGCUUUUCAGCAUGAGGUCAGUUACUCACAUUCUGAUGGUGACUUGUCUCCAGUUGAGAGAGGAUCCUUUUCCCAGCCUGUUUCACCUAAAAGUGAUUCUGAAUUAAUAGUGAAACCAACAGACAGGCUGAUGUCUGAGCCCCACAUGAAGUGGUCAUGGGGGGGAUUUCCAGAAUCGACAAGGGUGAAUAAAGUGGAGAAACAGGAACAACCAAGAGCCCUCACAAUUACUCCAUCUGAAAACACUCACUUCAGGGUCAUCCUCAGUUCUGCUGCCAUGGACGUGGAUGUAACUGAUGGGGAAAGCACAACUCAUACUUUAUUGAAACCUGAGCCGAGAACACAUGUGAACAAUAGCCAGACAAUCACUGAGAGCACAGUUAUAUCCUCAAAGGAAAUACCUACUGAAAUACUUUCACAAUCCUCACUUCAGCAGAGCAAUCCAGCAUCUAAAAUUACUGUGGUAUCUCAAAUGGACAGAAUCCCUACAGACUCUGGAAUGCAGCCUUCAGUUAUUGCAAAAUUAGAUUCUCCAUCAAAGAAAAAAGGUCUCCAUAAACGAAGUCAGCACCAAGGACCUGAAGACAUCUAUUUGGAUGAUCUGCCUGUGUUGGAACCUGAGGUUGCUGCUCGCUAUUUUCCUAAAAGUGAGUUUGACUGCAGUUCUAAACAGUGGACUGAAUUAGAUGUGCAAUCUGGUUCUCAGUCACCACAGUCAAUAGAAAGUGUGGCAAUAGAUAGUGGCACCGAAUGCCUCUAUGAUUCACCUUCUGAUUUACCAGAUAUUAUAUUUUCGCUCUGUGGGGGCCUAAGUGAAAAUACUGAGAUUUCCACAGAUAAAUUUUUGCAACACAUUGUUACAUAUCAAGAAUUUGCUGAAAAUCCUGGAAUUAUAGAUGAUCCUAAUCUUGUUUUAAGAAUUAAUAACAGGUACUACAACUGGACAUUGGCUGCUCCUAUGAUACUCAGUAUGCAGGCUUUCCAAAAGUGUCUACCCAAGGAAGCGAUUGAUGACUGGGUGAAAAUGAAGAUGCCAAAGAAGUCUGGCAGGUGGUGGUUCUGGCGUAAGAGGGAUAGUACCGUCAAACAGCCUGAGACAAAACAAGAGAAACUGAGUGAAGCAGACAAAACUGGUCAAAGCCAAAACACUGUUACCAGCAGAUCCAAGGAGGAAGAUUCUUCUAGCAAUGAAGACUCAACACAACUAAAUGAACCAACAGCAAAUGAUCCAAAACUCACUGAGAGCACUAAUAAGGAUUAUUCUGUCUCUUACAAGAAGUCUCUGAGGUUGUCCUCAGAACAAAUUGCAAGUCUUAAACUGAAGGAGGGGCCAAAUGAUGCAGUCUUUAGUAUAACAACACAAUAUCAAGGUACCUGUCGCUGUGAAGGAACAAUAUACCUCUGGAACUGGAAUGAUAAAGUCAUCAUAUCUGAUAUUGAUGGAACAAUAACCAAAUCCGAUGCACUGGGACAGAUCCUUCCUCAGCUGGGUAAAGACUGGACCCAUCCAGGGAUCGCAAAACUUUAUCACAAGAUACACGAGAAUGGUUACAAGUUUCUAUACUGUUCAGCACGUGCCAUUGGCAUGGCAGACAUGACAAGAGGGUAUUUGCAUUGGGUUAACGACAAAGGAACAAUCCUUCCCAGAGGGCCUCUAUUGCUGGCGCCCAGCAGUCUCUUUUCAGCACUUCAUCGAGAGGUAAUAGAGAAGAAACCUGAAAAAUUUAAAAUAGAAUGUUUGAAUGACAUCAAAAACCUGUUCAAUGUUUGCAACGAGCCUUUCUAUGCUGCUUUUGGGAACCGGUCCAAUGAUGUUUGUGCUUACAAGCAAGUAGGCGUCCCAGACUACAGAAUCUUUACAGUUAAUCCCAAAGGUGAAUUAAUACAGGAGCAAACCAAGGGUAAUAAAUCUUCGUAUAUCAGAUUGAGUGAGCUUGUUGAACAUGUCUUCCCUUUGCUCAGUCAAGAACAGUGUUCUGCUUUUAUUUAUCCAGAAUACAGCUACUUCAACUAUUGGCGAGAUGUACUGCCAAGUAUCAGUAUGGAAGAACUUAAAUAGGUAUUGGCAUUCAUCCAACUUCUGUCAAAGAAACUCCUAGUACUGUACAACAAAUCUGAUAAGAAUUUUUUUUUUACGUACUGAUUCAACUGUUGUAGAAGCAUGUUAAUACCAGCACUAUUCUCAGGAAUAUAGCCAAGUGUUCAUUUGACCAGUUGGUUGCAGCAGAAGGAAAACCAUGAUUUUAGUCAUGAGCAUUGCACAUACUGUUAGUACUUUACUCUCAUCCUUCCAGUUGCUACUUCAAGUAACUUUUUAACUAAACAGCUUGGUUUAGAUUAGAAAUUAUGCAAUAUAUUGAAAAUGACUAUUUUUAAUACCAAGAAAAUGGGAUCAAUCCAUUGGAAUUUAACAAUGUCCAGUUACAUUUUGUAGCAACAAUCAGAAUCAUGUUGCAAAACCUCAUGUUAUUUGGUGCUGCUUCACCUGUGGUGUAAAUGAAUGCCAAUUUUGUAUUUGUUUUCAAUGAUAAAAAAUUGCACUUUCAUACUAUAAAUCAGAUAUAAGUGAUUCCUGAACAUUCAAAUGGAUGAAAAAGUCUGUGUGCAACCUGACAUUUACUAGCCAUUGACUGUGUGUGUAGACAGACUACCUGUAAGUUUUAUGUAUUUUAUAACCAGUUGCCAUAUACAUUAUCUAUCUCUCAUGAAUGCCUUCAAUUGAUAAAAUGUUUGCCAGAGUAGAAAAAAUGUUUUACAUUGAGGCAUUUCACAGUACAAGAGAUUCUUUCUGUGAAAGAUAUAGAUUAGUGUUAUGAAAACACAUGGAAAGAUAAUCUUUACAGUUCUUAAAUUGAAUAUAGUGAAAGAUAAAUAUCUAAUAAUCAUAUUUCAUAGAGCAACUGUUCUUCACUUUAUUCGUGCCAGAAAUAUUUCCAUUUUUUUUUCAAAGGGCAAGAAAUUUUGAAUUUUAUUUUAAUCACCUAUCCUAUAGAAAUUUUAGGGAGCCUUUUUGUAAUCAGUUAUAAUCCUGGUAAUUGGUUUACAGAAUUUUUUCACAUCUGUGCAUUCUGAUGAGGCUAGUAAAUUAGCAUGUCUUAAUGUAAAAGCUAUACAGAAAUUAUGUUGAUAUUCAAUGUUAUGUUUCUGAGCAUAAAUGAUAUUUGCACAAUAGCAAGAAUCUAAGGAAUUGAAAUGUUGAUUUUGUUUUUGUAUGAUCAUUGAUAACCAGAGCACAGUUGCAACGUACAGCUAGAAUUUCAGUGAUUGUAUUAGAAAAUGUGUCAGUAUUAUACAGCAGAAUGUGUAGCAUUGUACACAUGUAUAACAUCUUGCUGAGACAUUAAAUACAGAGCCAUGGAAUAAAUAACAUAAGAAACCUUAUUUCUGUGUGAUCUGGACUAUUCAGGUAGCAGAAAAUGAGACAAUCACCAGAUAAUUUGAGAAGGUAGUUUUGUUUCAUAGUAGUUUGAAACUGAGCGUUUAUAUCGAGUAGCACGGGUCCCUUGCUCAUUUGUAUUACAAUGUUGGGGUUGGGAAGCUUAACCAAAAUAUUUUGGUAAUACAUUUUUCCAAAAUCUCAAUCUUCCAGGGAGAAUAUUGGCAAGGCUUUUAAUGCACACAUAAGCAGUAAUGUAUUAACCUAACAAAUAUAACAGAAAUAUAAACAUUAGAGCAAAAAGAAAGCCUGUUGCAUCAAAUAGAAUGAUCAACAGUAUAAUUUAGAUGAAGUAGUAGAGAGGUAAAUAUUAUUCACCCAUGAAAAUUACAUAUAUCAUUGUGUAUUAAUUCAGUUAUUUUAAUACCGAUGAAGUAUAGGCACAAUGGUAAAAAUAAAAUUGUAUAUUUUACAAAAAGUGUUAAUCAGUCUAUAAUGGUGAAAAGGAUAAACAACAUUAAUAAAACAGUAAUCUAUCCUCACUGGUGACAAUACUUGAGACCAGAUCAUUCUCUUGAUAAGACAUGUCAGAAAUUCAGCUUCAUUCCAAGUGCAAAAUACUUCUCCCAAUGUUGUUUCCAUUUUUGGAGGUGGGGAGGGGGCUUGUUUCCAUAUGUGCUCUGUGUCCACACCUGCUAUCAUCCACCCAUCUUACAGUAAUCAUACAUUGUUUUUAUUAGCAAAUGUGCUUCAAUGUUUUUAAUAAUUGCAAAUAAAAAUUAACAAUUGAUUUCUUAAAAUUAGUUAUACUAGGUUAACUCAUAGGGCAACAUUAAUGUAGAUUUCCCUGGGCUUAAAGCUUCAUCUUUUCUAAAACUGGAAGAAUUGAUUGAUCAUACAAAAUUAUUUUAAAAAGGGCUGGAAAUACUCAACUGGUCAAAACAACUCCUCUAGAGCAAAGGUUCUCCAAGACAGUGUCAGACUUGAGUACUCUGGCAGUUUUUUUUUCAGAAUUGCAGCAUCUGCAGUUCCCCCCCCCCCCCUUUUUUAAAGUGGAGGUCUAACUUGAACAUUAAAGUGAGAUAUUCAUAAUAUGGUAAAAAACCUACUCUAUCAAAGUAUCCAAUAUUGGAACAAUAAAAUAUGAUACUGCUAAAUAGCAGUAGUGGGAAGGACGUGAUUCAUUCAGACCUUGCCACAGUUUCUUCUGAAUACUUAAGUGAAAAAUCGUAUUUAAAGGUUGCCAUAAAAAUAGAUCAUCCCAAAUUGAAAUGGUGAAUGAAUUUUUAUAAAUUCUUAAAUGCAUUGUCUGAAAUUAAAAUUAUGUAGUUCCAACAGUGUAUAAAAGCAUGAAAAUGGCAUUAGCUAUUAAGUUUUAAGUUGCAUUAAUUUUCAAGUGUCCUCUGAAUUAAAUACUCUGGCUUAUUUAGAAAAAAAAUGGUUAAGUGUUACAAUGCUAGAUAAUUAUCUAAUUGUAUGAAUUAAUAUUCAUCUUUUUCCAAAAGACAAUUAUAUUCUUAUUGUAAACUUGUAAGAAAAAUGUUAAUUUAUUUAUAGCAAGUAUUAUGAAGCUGGCGAUGGCUUAUAGUCUGAGUUGUGACCCGAGUUCAAGGCGGUUUAUAUUGUGAUUGGUUAAUUCUGAAUUGCAUUCCAUCAACCAUAUUUUCCCACCUUUGACUGUUCAUUUUACUUGCACUGUUCAAAGAUUUUGCCUAAUGGCUUUGGUUAUCCUCCUGGAAAUUUUAUAUUUUGUUAAAAACAAAGCAAAUGCCAAAACAAGGAAAUAGCUCUCUUUUUUCUAUCAUCAUCAUCAUCCUCCUCCCCAAAAAAAAGCAAUGUUGUCUCAGCAUUUUAGCAAAAAGCACGAGUCAUAUUCUUGCUUGCAAUAUGCAGAAACAUGUAAAUUUUGUUUCAUACACUCUUGUUAAAUGUGCAAUGUACCAUAACAUUUUGGAUCUUGACGAGGUUUUGAUUUUGUUGCUAUGCACCCAAGCUGCUUUGAACUGACUUAUUCCAAGUAUAAUAAACUACUGUGUCCAUUAGCACAAAGCUUGCAUAUAAUAAAGCACAGCUUGUUUAACUUUGUAAAUUAUUACCUUAAAUCUUUGCAGCCAUUAAUGCAAUUUUAUUUUAAUCGCUCCAAUCAAAUUACUCCCAAGAGAACUGUUCAUUAGAAAAUUGUCAUUGGUAGAUUUGUGAUACCAUUCAAAUAUUAGAUUUAAUGCUACCUUAGUUAAAAUUUAAGGGUAGGUUUGCAAAAAUUAUGGGCUAUUUUCACUUGAUUCAACUGCAGUGAGGGGAAAAUCCAUGUUUGUUAAAUUAAAACAAGACAUUUAAUAUGACUGAAAAUACCUACGCCAAAAUAUUUAAAAGGCAAUAUUGUUGCUAUCACAUGUAUAUAGUUUGCUCAUUAUUAAAUAUGUAAAACAAUAAUGACCUUUUCUCAGCUGACUGAGCUUGGAAUCCAGGACCUUUGACAUUCUGGUAAACUUUGUCAACAAGUAAAAAUAUUUAAAAGUUGAUCUUUAACUCUCCACUGGAAUUUUUUUUAGUUAGUGUAAUGGAAUGUGAUCAUAAUCCUAUUAUUGAAAAGGUUAUUUAAGAGUAUCCAAUAAUAAAAAACAUAAACCAGAAGCUUAUCCAGAAUUCUAACUUUGUGGAUUUAGCCCUUAACAUUGAAUUGACAUUUUAUAAAAUAGUAUUUUUUUUUACUGUCAAAUUCAGGAAUAUCCACAUCCUUUUCACACACGCCAAGUCAUUGUGU